AUCCCAUUCUAUAUAUAUCACAUUCAAAUCCCCUAAUCUUCACAUCAUUCACUCCAAACUUACUAUUACAAUUUAGAACACACACAUAAACAAAUAUUCCAUGGCCACCACAUAUACUUCCGAAACCGAAAAGGUGGCGGCGGCACCACCACCGGAGACGAGAGCUCCGGCGAAGAAAGCACACACGUUUGCCUUGGCUGAGGUGGUGCUGAGAUUUCUCCUUUUUGCUUCAGGCCUUGUGGCUGUUUUGGUUAUGGUCACUAGCAAGCAAACGAAAUACCUUUCGGUGCCCGGUAUUCCAUAUAAGAUUCCUCGAUCCGCCGUUUUCGACCACUCACCCGCUUUCAUAUAUUUUGUAGCAGCACUCUCAGUUGCAGGCUUCUAUGGCUUAAUAACCACUCUCUUUUCCUUGUAUGCCCUCAUCAAGCCUGGUUGCUGCCCGAAAGUGUUAUCUCAUUUCGUAAUUUUCGAUGUGCUGCUUCUAGGUAUUGUAGCAUCGGCGACAGGAUCGGGAGGUGCGGUUGCUUACAUUGGUUUGAAGGGCAAUAAAUACGUCAACUGGGGAAAGAUUUGCCACAUGUACGGCGACUUCUGCAAGCACGUUGGAGCUUCGAUUGCAGUCUCGUUGUUUGGAUCCGUAAUUCUCGUUUUGCUGGUUUUGCUCUCGAUUCAUUCCCUGUCGAAAAGAAUUCCGAAAUAGAUACGCACUCGAAAAGCGAAAUUUAAAUGUGAAUCGUUUUGUAAUGUUUCGUGUUUUGUUGUGAUCGCAGAUUCUUACGUUGUGUGUUUGUAUGUUUUUGUGCAGUUAUUCAUUGUAGUAUAAUGUAUUUAUUCUGUAUAUUUGUUUAUGGUUAUUCGGGAUUGUUUUGAUGUAAG